GACGAUGUCGCCCCGUGGCAGCAAGUGCGCGACGCGGCAGAGGCCGACAGGGAAAGGAAGGCGCGGGCCUAAUCAUCAUCAUCAUCGUGAGAAUCAGCGUGAUCAGCAGCAGAGGAGACGGGCGGAGGAGGAGGGCGACAGGGAGAAGAAGAGGAGCGCCGUCGAAUCGGUUGUCGAAGGAGGUGGCAGUUGCUCGACGACGACGACGACGACGACGACGACGACGACGAGAACGAGUAAGUCUGCGGUGGCAGCGUGCGAGGGUCGAUCGUCGUGGGCGGGGCGCAUGCGCCAGCCCCUGGAGAGCGGCCUCGAGCCCCGUGAAAACGGCACCCUGAUGCAACAACGAUGGCCGACAAGCAGCAGCAGCAGGCAACGCCGCCGCGAUCGGGUCGACCUUUCCUCGCCUGCCCUUUCCUCCUCCACGGACGAAGCAUCCGGAAGAUCGACCUCGCCACCGUCGAACGCCUCCUCGCCUGCACGCUCCACCUCGUCGACAUCUACCGGCGCGAUCUCGCGGGGGAAGGAGGAGAAGGAUCGAAGGGAGGAGAAGGAGGAGGAGGAGGAGGAGAAGGGUACGGAGGUGGCUCGUGAGGACAGGAUCAGGAAGAGGAAACAGGAGAGGCAGUGCCCCGCGAGAGGACGGGAUGUCGUCGUCGUGGUCUCGGAGAAGUCGGCGUCCGCUUCCAACUGUGCUCCUGCAUCUCCCCCCCCCUUCUCCUCCUCCACGAGCCCCGACAAGGCGAGCCCCGAACAGGCCAAUCCAAAGGGUUGCCCGACCGUCUCCCACUCGUCCGUUCUCGAGAGCCUGAGGAACGCUCUGGAAAGCUACGACCGCAGCAGAAUCUACCUCGCACAUGUGUCCUUCCUGGAUUGGCGGGACCUGCCCGGACGACGCCGCCGCGCCGCGGCAGCUGGUGGCGACGCUGAGAGGGUGUGGGUGGUGGGGGCCGCGGAUCACGAGGGCCACCACAGGACGCGGCUGCUGGUAACGGGCCGCCAUUGGCGGCCACGUUGCCUGAGACGGGUGAACAUGCUCAGCCAGCCGGUGAUCUACGCCGGCGGCGGCAGGGGUUCCCUGACCGUGGACCUGUUCCUCUGGUGGUUCCACCGGGAAUUCGCGGUCACGGCGAUGGCCAUGCAUCCCGACGGCGCCGUGUUGGUCGCGGAGACCGCCGAUUACCUGCCACCCGAGGCCGACUGCGUGGCCGCUGACGGAUUGGUCCGUUUGUUCGUCGUGCCGAAGGAUUGCCUCGAGACGAGGAUCGUGGUGAGGGAGUUGAGGGUGAGGCUCGCCACCUGCGUCCUCUCCAGAGCCUGUUACGGCGUCUAUCGCAACGUCUCCAACCACCCCGGAAAGGAGGCGACCACCACCGACCCUCUCGCCGCCUAUCUCAGAAGAUUCACGUUGAAGGAGGCGUUCGCCGAUCUUCACCGAGCCUGGCUGAGCGUCAGAUCGGAAACGUUCGCGAGAAGUUGGGUCCUGCCGCGGGAACGCGACGAAGGCCGCUCGAAGGGCAGCCUGUUGGCAGCCGGCGGCCUCGUGGCCUUCUCGUCCCGCGUCCACGCGGGCUCGAGCGAGGCGCAAGAGGAGGACAGGAUGCUUUUGAUCGAGCUGCAGAACGUGGCGAGGGAGGCCGGUGUUCGGGUCAGCGACGAGGAGUUGAGCGAGUGGAUCCUCGAGGACGAGGGCUGCUCUAACGAUUCCUCCUCCUCCUCCUCCUCAUCCUCAUCCUCGUCGUCGUCAUCGUCGUCGUCGUCGUCGUCGUCGUCGUCGUCGUCGUGCACCGUUGGAAGAAGGAAGGAGCAUCAGGAGGAUCAUCGUUGCCGCGUGAAGAUCGAGGCGGAGGAGAAGUGGGCCGAUUACGAGGGGAAGCAACACGGGGCGACGGACGGGGAGGAGGAGGACGAGGGGAGGAAGGAGGGGGAGGAGGAGGACGAGCCCACCGCGGAAGAGACUGUCGGUCUGCUGUCGAGGGUGCUGACUUGGAUGGAAAGGGAGCCUCUCGAUCCGGGACUGUUACUCGCUGUCAGAUCGAUGCGCGAUACCGCCGCACUCAUGGCGAGCAAGAUGGGCCUGGCGGGGACCCAUCCGAGCGGUUUGCCCUUCUUUUGCCCCAACGGGGACCACCUGACUCAGCCACCGCCUGCUCAUAUGGGAAUUCCACCGUACGGGACGCUGGAUGCGGGUAAAGCAGCCGCAGCGGCAGGCUUGACAAGAGCGCCGAUGUAUCCCUUCUCCACGGGUCAAUAUCCGUACCCCAUGCUUAGCCCGGAAAUGACGCAAGUCGCCGCUUCCUGGAGAGAGAGAGAGAGAAUACAUAUACAGAGAGGGAAUAGAGAAGCGAGACGACGCUCGCGGUUUCGAUGGAUCAGUUUCGAGCGUGUCGGUGGGUAUAAACGGGGACCCACGAGUGCGAUGGAGCCCGAGUGUCUGGAGCCAUUGAACCUGGUGAUAAAGAAGGACGACAACACUGAGAGCAGCGGGCCGGCCACCAACGUGACGAUCGAGGAGGGCAGCAGCGAGGCAUCGUCGAUCAACAACAGAUCGUCGUUGGACGAGGAGAAGUGCAAUAUCGAUCCGGGCAAGACGAUCGAGGACAACAUGACGAUACUCCAGGACGCGAUGAAGGCGGGGGAGGCUGGCUUACCCACCGCCGAUCACAAGAUCCUCACCGCGCUCUACAUGAGCAGCCUGAUGCAGAUGUCGAACAUGAGCCUGCCGAGGAGCGUGACGCCGCCUCCGUACGGCGCCCAGCACAACUUCGUGCAACUGCUCGCAAUGGUCGAGGCCAGGCACCGCAUGUGGCAACAGAUGAAUUGGCCGUUGCCGCACAACUUCCCCAGGAACCCGUUGACCUUGCGCCAACCGUACUUCGACGGGCCGACCACCAACCUGACGGAGCAACUGUGCAACACCCAGAGCUCCGCGCCGACCUAUCCCCUAUCCUGCACGAAACAACCCGACCAACAACCCUUGACGAACCGUGACGCGAAGCAGCCUUACUUCAAACGGUCCACGGUGGAGCAGAAGAAUUCCACGUCGUUGCCGUCGGACAACGCGAAAGCACAGGACACGGGGCAGCAGAACAAUCAAGAUAAAAAGAAACCCCAUAUAAAAAAGCCUUUGAACGCGUUCAUGCUGUACAUGAAGGAGAUGAGGGCGAAGGUCGUCGCGGAGUGUACCUUAAAAGAGAGCGCCGCGAUCAACCAAAUAUUGGGAAGACGAUGGCACUCGCUAAGCCGGGAGGAGCAGGCGCGGUAUUAUGAGGCGGCCAGGCAGGAGCGCCAUCUCCAUCAACAACGAUACCCCGGCUGGAGUGCCAGGGAUAACUACGGAUACGGCAGCAAGAAGAAGAAGAGGAAGAAAGAACGGUCCGCAGAUCCCACCGGAGGUAACAACAUGAAGAAGUGUCGCGCAAGGUACGGAUUAGACCAGCAAAGCCAAUGGUGCAAGCCGUGCAGACGUAAGAAGAAAUGUAUCAGAUACAUGGGGGAGGGAGGAGAGGGCGACGGCGAAGCGGAUGGCGAAGGCGACGACGACCACUCGGAGGACAACCUCGGCAGCGUGGGGGAGGCAGGGACUCCCGAGGAGGACGAGUCCCUGAGCAGCCCCGGGGGUUUGUCCGCGUUGUCUAGUCUGGCCAGCCCGUCACUGGUGUUACAGUCGCCCUCGAGCCUGGCCAGCCCGUGCCCCUGCCCCCUGACGCCCCCGGUGCCGCCUCCGCCCCUGCCCAACCCCACGAGCCAGCCGCACAACAAUCAGCAACCGGUGCAACCGCCGCCCCCGCAUCGUAACCCGGUCGGCACCAAUCCCCACGACAUCAACAACCCCCUUAGCGUGAACCAACUGACCGGCCAGUGUAUAAAGAGUGAAGUGGUGUCGGCACCCUCGGGCACGUCCAACCGGCGAUCAGUGUUACGUAGCCCCGGCCGGAACCACGCGACAAGACUGUUGCUGCCACCGUUGCGCGUGUAGCCGACAACAGGGUCCGUGUUGAACAGACGAGGUGGUG